CUUAUGUGUGUAUGUCGAUUCUUGUCUUCCAGAUUGCACAUACAUGCAGCUCUACUGUCCUCCCUCUUUUCUGUAUGUGCAUAAACAAACGCCUAAGAAAUUAUGUGAGGCGUUUUUGCGGUCGUGCACUGACAUGAGGGGGCGCCUGCAGGUAUUCUACGGAAAGCAGUCCCGAUUCUCCAUGCUUGGGGAAGAGCCAAUGUUACACGACAUUCAGAAGACUUUUCAGCUCUAUCGGCAGACCACUCUGGCAUUUAUUAAGCAUGGACGUGGUAGGGCACUGCUGAUGGCAAUUUCAAAAUGCGGACCGGAAGAGCCCCCCAAAUGCGCCAAAACAUAUGAAAUCUGCACCUCAGUAUGCAACAACUGCUCUGGGCCUUCCUAAUCAUAGAUGUUCCGACUGUACUCUUUUGCUUAGAUGUGUGCAACUGAAUCGAUACUUUUAAUGGCUGUGAGUCCCAUUUUUUUGCUAUGACAUGUAGACUAAACUUUAAAUUAGGGACAUCGUAUCUCCAGUGCUUGAUGGCUGCUUUCAUGUAAUGACACAUUGAACUUGUGUUUCUUUUGCUGUGAUGAGAUGCACCUAUGCGUCCAGCAAAA